GUGGAUAUUAGAAAAAGGUGAUCUUUUGAGAGAAAGGGGAGAUGAUUUGAAAAUUUAUACAGAGGAGGAAUACCAAAAAUUGAUGAUUUUCUUUAUGAAUUUUAUUCAAACAAUGGGACAGUGUCUUGAAAAAGAAGUUAGUCAAUCAAUUAAUGAAGGGAGGGAUAGACCUAUUUUAAGAAUGCAGGCAAUUGCUUCUGCUUGUGUUUAUUUUAGAAGAUUUUAUUCAAAAAGAUCUUUAAAGGAUAUUGAUCCAUUUUUGUUAGCUGUAACUUGUAUUAAUUUGGCUAGUAAAGUUGAAGAAAUGGGGCAUUUAUCCCCAAAUAAAUUAAUAUCCGCGUAUACAAGAACAAGUAAAAAAUUUGAAAUUAAAAAAAAUAUUUUUAACAAAAAAGCAAAAAAAUGGCCGGUUAUAGAAUCUUUAAUUGCUCAUAAUCACCAAAUUAAUUCUCAUCAAAUAAAGGGAAGUGAAGCAGAAUUUUGUUUAGUUGAAAUGCUUGAUUGUUCUUUAAUUGUUUAUCAUCCUUACAGAUCUUUACAUCAAUUUAGAAAUGAUAUGAAGUCUUGUUCUAUUCAAAAUGUUGAUCAACUUUGUCAGGAUGCUUGGCGAGUAUGUAAUGAUGGAAUGAGAAGUGAUGCUGCUUUACUUUACCAUCCUCAUAUGAUUGCAAUAGGCAAAUAA